AUGGCUGACUUUGCGCCUCCAUCAGGUCCACCUCCACCUAAGGUCCCAGAAGGCUGGAAAGCUAUUUGGAACGACCAGUACAACGAGUGGUUCUUCGUCAACAUCUACACAAAGAAGUCUCAAUGGGAGAAGCCCAACGAGCCCGCAUACCCAGCCGGUGAAGCACCUCUCAACCACGCUCCACCCGGCUACGCUCCAGGAGGAGUAUCCGCAACACCGAGCGAGAAGUCGACCUUCGGCUCCAACAACCCAUACGCCAACAUAAGCGAAGACGAGAAACUCGCCCGCAAACUCCAAGACGAGGAAGAAGCGCGCGCACGAGGCCACGGCCCUGGCGCCGGCGCUUCGAACGACUACUACACCCAGCCCGGCCAGGCUCAGCACGGCGGGUACCCGGAUCAGCAGUACGGCCACCAACAGACGCCGUACGAUGCGCCGACGCAGGACAAGGGCAAGAGCAAGGGAGGCUUGUUGGGAAAGCUCCUCGGAAAGGCGUCGGGACAUAGUUCAAGUUCGGCGCAUGGAUAUCCGCAGCAGCAACAAGGCUAUGGACAGCCGUAUGGCGCGCCGAUGGGGGCGCCGAUGGGUGGAGGGCAAUAUUAUGCUCAGCCCGGUAGGCCUAUGAUGGGUGGAAUGGGAGGUAUGGGAGGUAUGGGAGGAGGAAGACGACCCGGUGGCGGUAUGGGCGCUGGAGGCGCCAUGGCGUUGGGUGCUGGUGGUGGUCUGUUGGGUGGUGCGCUGCUGGGAUCUGCCAUGGCGGAUGCAGGCGAUGGUGGCGGCUACGGUGGUGAUGGCGGUGACUUCGGGGGAGACGGUGGUGGUGACUUUGGCGGAGAUGGCGGUGGUGACUUUGGAGGCGGAGAUAUGGGCGGAGGUGAUUAG